ACACGCGCUGCGCAGCCUCAGCCGCAGCACCCCCAUGAUGAACCGGCUGGACUCGCAGCCGUCGUUCGAAGUGUCACGUUCGCAGCGCAAGUUCCUGCGGCGUUUUAAGGACCUGGACGCCCACGAGAAGAUCGUUAAAUCGUUCUCAUGUGCGCUGGUGAGCGACAUUCUGCUGCAGGGCCGGCUCUACGUCACCAGUCAUCACUUCGCCUUCUACUCCAACCUCUUCGGGCACGUUACCAGGAUACUGAUUCCGUGCUCGCUGGUGCUGGCCAUCACCAAGGAGAAGACGGCGCGCAUCAUCCCCAACGCGGUGGCCGUGGUGAGCAGCGAAGGCCGCCACGUGUUCGGUAGCCUGCUCAGCCGUGACUCGGCCUUCGAGACCAUGGUGCGCGUAUGGCGCAAGGAGAUCGGUCGAGACGAGCCCGAUCUCUCCUCGAACGGCAAGGAGGAGUGUAUCGACGAUGAGCCGGGUCUCCUCACGUCUCCGGGCGUGCUGAACGAUCUCUCUGACUCCACGGCCACCGAGGAGAAUGACUCGGCCGUCGACUUCACCCCUCCGACGCCCACGCUCGACCUGCAGCCACCUAGCGGCGCCAGCGUCAAGUUCGAGUCAUUGCCCGUCCGCUCUGCGGCGCCACAAGGAUCUUCCCCAGCAGGGACGCUGGCCGUGGUCCUGCAGGGUGGCCUGACUAGCCUGAUGGGCCACCUGCUGGGCAGCAGCCCGUCCCACCGCUCGACGAUGCUGCUGCUCGCCUGCAAUCUGCUGCUGCUGCUCAUCUUCUGCUCCUCCUACGCCUCCCUCACGCGCAUGGAGGAGAUCCAACGGCGCAUGGAGGGGCCCUACCAGCGUAUGGAUGGCCCAAACAGCCUGGAAGAAGCUGAGAAGACUCUGAACUUGCAGCUGCAACAGCUGGCAAUGGUGCGGAAAUCGCUGGAGACUCUGAGUGGCAUGGCGGCAAGCGGGCCGCAGGGCGACUCCGCCUAGCCGAGGGGCGCAGGGGGCGCCACGUGGCGGCGCCCUCCCUCACCGCCUCCACGGCGUCCGCCCUCGCUGCUUCGGAAGGCCCACACCUCAGUCGUAGCAUUCUAGCCGGCGCUCGGCCUGUUUAGUCGUGGACGAGCGCUUGGUGCGUCGACAUAGCUUUAACCGCGCCCCAUGUUUUCGUCUGUGAUGCCAGGCGACUUUCGCUGAAAGCUCAGCUUCCCGAGCGAAACACAGAUGUCGCGCUGUGCUAUAGCGUUGCCCACCGAGUCCUCGAGCGGUGGUGUUGUCCUGAGCUUGUUUAACGGUCGCUCGGUUGUGCGAGAUGUGCACUAGA